GCUGUGCUGCGCGCGCACCGUGUUUUGGCUAUUCCAUUUAUACAUUGCGUGUACAAAUUUAUGAAUGAAAGUCACGUGAUGUUUGUAAAUACUACCGUGGGAAUCGUAGUAAAACCUGCGUACAACAACAAUUUCGGCUGCUUUUUCUUAAACAACAACAACAACUUCGUAAACAAUGUCAAAUCUGUUGAGGGAAGGGGCAAUAUGCCAGAUUCGUCGGGAAUCUGGGGACUGGAGAGUAAUAAAUCGAAGAUUUGAUGGGCAUGUUCAUCAAUAUCUGAUGCAGUCCCUCAACAAUGGGGCCACAGUAUGGAGAUUUCUACAUGAAAUUACUGAAAAGAACAGCUCUACAUAUCAGGAGCUUAAUGACUUUCUGCAAACUGUUGCAAAUGAUUUUGAUGAAGAUAUUUUUGAAGAUAAUUUCAUAAACAAUGAUGAUGGCAGCUCUUUACUACAAGUUAUUGACACUGAAACUGUUGAACAUGUAAGCACAGGGCCUCCUCGUUUCAAGCAGGUCACCCAGUCAUCUAUGAACACUCUAAAGGCUAGCAACACAGAAGCCACAACAAAUAAACAGACAAAAUGGGCUGUGAAAAUACUAAAAGAUUACAUGAUGGAAGCUGGUUUUGGUCACUCAGAGUUUGAAAUGAUGCCGGUAGCAGAGCUAGAUGCACUACUAGAGCAGUUUUAUGCAGCUCUUCUCUCUAAAACGGGGAAGGAAUAUUCAAAGCCCACACUCGUCUCCAUCCGUGCUGGUAUUAAUAGACACAUCACUGCUCUUCCAUUCUCUAGAAAGCUGUCACUUAUGCGUGAUCGUGAUUUUGUUGAGUCCAACAAGGUCAUGUCUGGUAAAAUGAAGAUACUGAAAAGAGAAGGAAAAGACAUGAGUGAACACAAAGAACCGAUCAGUGAUAAAGACUUAGAAAAAUUGUACAUUAGUGGGGUAUUUUGUCUUGAAACCCCUGUUUCAUUACAGAAAAAGGUCAUGUUCGAGAUAAUUGCACAGUUUCGGCGCAGGGGUAGGGAGGGUUUACAAAAUCAGUGA